CGGGUGGCUCCUCCCGUCUCUCUCGCCAAGUGGCCCCUCUCGUGACGCGCGUCUCUCACGCGCGCGCGUCUCUCUCUCUCUCACAUAUAAACACUCCCCCGCACUGACACACACACCUGCCCGGCGGGCACACGCAACACGGUGUGCUCUACAGAAUCAAUAGGUGAUCGUCGUAAAGUGAUAGAGGUGCCCGCGACUUCGUAGAACGGCGCGCGUGGACAUAGAGGCACGGACCCGGUCCAAGUCGUGAUCAGCGCCUUUGCUCUCUCUCUCUCUGUGGCUCCUCCGCCUGCCCGCCCACCUGUGCGGGUUUCACCUGCAGGACAGCAUUGACAGACGGGCUGCGAGCACAGUUCUGUGUGGUGUGCCUACAACACGUGUGUGUGUGUGUGUGGUGUGUCUUUGUCUUGUCCACGUGUGUGUGUGUGGUGUGUCUUUGUCUUGUCCACGUGUGUGUGUGUGUGUGUGCGUGGGUGCGUACACGUGUUUGUGGGUAGACACAUCACUGCAAGAAGCGAGGGACCGACUAUCGGGUUUCUACUGAAGGAGGGUCCUGCCACACUGGGAUGAGAGUGUGUGGCUUGCCUAAGGACGUCUCAGUGCCCGGAGAAAAUCCAACGCACAUACGAGGAGGUGACACUGAACGCUCAAUGCUCCUCACAGAUAGAGGCAAUAAUUCCUACUAUCAUCAUAUCGAUAGGCUCGCAGCGAAAGCUUACACCAAUGGGCUAUGUAAACAUGGUUGACAACUGUGUACAACUGUGCUACAGAGUAAACUGGAUAUCCUAGGCGGUCGGGCGUGGUGCUGGCCACCUACCCCCUCGUGUGCUGUACCGGCCUUCAUAGGUGCUCGCGAACAACACUUGCCCCAAUAUACUGUGAAGGCUAUAUGGGGGAUCGUUGUCUUUAUCUAUGUAUGGAUAUCUUGAUGUAGCUUUGUAUACCUGUCCGUACCUUAUUAUAGCCGUAGACGUUUGCUUUGACUGAGUAUACACAUACACGGGUGAAUAUACCUUUGUACACAUGCAUGUACACCUGUACACAUACAAUGCAUAGUCUACUUGCAAACACAUAUACCCAUGCAUACGCGUGUCUCCAUAACGCACACGCAUGUGCGAUAUUCAUACAUACAUACAUGCGCGCACCUGAAGUUCUGGUGGCGGGAGACUUGUCAGCUGUUGCGUCUCGUGUACAGCUACUGGGGGCGGAUCUGGCUUGGUGGCAGUGAGGUUUUGUGGUUACAUCAACGGCACUGGCCAUGAUGACACGUCGUCCCUUGACCUGGGCAUGAACCUGCAAGUAGUGUUACCGCGCGCGCGCGUCCGUGUGUGUGUGUGUGCAGGCAGUCGACAUUAGCAUCACCAUCAUCGUCGUCAUCACCAUCAACAGCAUCAUCAUCACCAUCAUCGUCGUCAUCACCAUCAACAGCAUCAUCAUCACCAUCAUCGUCGUCAUCGGCCGCGAUGCUGAAGGCGGAGGGCAGCCACCCCUCUUUCCUGGAUCUGGGUGACGAGGUGGACGUGACCGGUCAGGGCAUGCGCCUCGCGUGGGACAUCAACGACCCCAAGAUGCCGCAGUGCAUCAAGCAGCCCGACGCGUUCAAGGAGUGGCCGGAUGGCUACGCGCGCUUCGUGUACAGCGCCGAGGACAAACACGCGCAGCGCCACCUGAGCGGCUGGGCCAUGCGCAACACCAACAACCACAACUGCGCCAUCCUCAAGAAGUCGUGCCUGGGCGUGGUGCUGUGCAGCCGAGGAUGCCUCCUGCCCUCGGGCGCCCGCCUCUUCCUGCGCCCGGCCAUCUGCGACAAGGCUCGCCAGAAGCAGCAAAAGAAGAUGUGCCCCAACUGCCAGGGCCCUCUGGAGCUGGUGCCGUGCAGGGGCCACAGCGGAUACCCCGUCACCAACUUCUGGCGCCACGAGGGCAAGCUCGUGUUCUUCCAGGCCAAGGGAGUUCACGAUCACCCGCGACCCGAGAGCAAGACGGAGGCGGAGGGGCGGCGCUGCGCGGCCAAAAAGCGAAGCGCCACGUCCACGCUGAGCGCGGGCGCAACGCAGCGGGGGAAGCGGAGCGCCAUCCACGCCCACGCGCAGGCUCCCGCUGGCACGUGUGACACCAGGAGAGGUUACGAUUACUGUUAUAGAAUCACGGACGUGUCUCCGUCGCAGCUCAUCAAAUACCCGGGCUCGUCGAGCUACGGGAUGAUGCCGCCCUCCUUCUACCGCCCCGACGAUGGCUUAUGCAGGGAGCCGAGCGCCUCGGCCCUCCCAUUCCAAGGAGCUUUCCUCUCCACGGACACCACCGAGCACUAUUCCUCGCACACGCCGUCGGGAUACGAGUUGCCCUACCCCGGCUACAGCAGGCUGACAUCGCCGCUCGCCACCAUGGGCCAGCAUGGUGGAGGGCCCCCGACGCAGAGCGGCUACGCCAGGGGCGGACCCCGCUCGUGCGUCGACGUCUCCCGUCCGUUCAUCGCCGGCUACGAGCGCGCGGGAGUCGCCGCCGCCGCCGACUGCCUCCGCUCGGCGCGCGUCUCCUCCUCCAGACCCGCGUCGGCGGCCUCCGCCUCGUCCGGUGGCCUCGGGCACGCCGACGACCCCGCGCUGUCCUACCACUGCAUGCAGGAGAGGCCCCGGCAGGCGCCCGACGGAAAGCCGCCGCCGCCGCCGCAAUCGCAGCCCACGGUCGAGACCAUCAUCACCACCACGACCAAGGUGUCGUACCAGGCGUACAAGCUGCAGCAGGGCCAGCACGGCGCCUGCGCCGAGGAGGCGGCGGCGGGGACGGCGGCGGUGGCGCCCGGCGGCGCCGCGCAGGGCUACGGCCACCCGCCCGCGGUGCAGCACGGCGGGUGGCCCGAGCUGGCGAUCUCCGAGGCCGGGCUGCCCGCCAGACUGGCGGCGCCCGCGUAUCUGCAGCCGCCGGCGGUGGGGACGGCGGGGACGGUGGGCGCGGGGAGAUCCGAUGGGAUGGGCGACGGCAACGCGUCGUGCUGCGCGCCGCUCUACCACUCGCGCUACGACCUCUAGCGCGGGUGUCGCUGGCGGCGGUGGCGGGGGAAGGUCGCCGAGGACGCACGCGAGGCUCGGCUUGCCCGCGGGGCAUCGGUCGGUGGAUGUGCACCAAGGCAGACGCUGCUGCUGCCCCCCCUCCCCCCAUCCGUGCCGACCGUCGAGCGUGAUCUUCUCCGGUGAACGACGCGCACGCGCGAAGGCAAAUUGGCACAACGUCCCAAAGCAGCGUCCUCGUGGCGGGGCGGGGGGAAGAUUCCUGUGAUUAACGUUACACCUCCACAGCACAGCGGCAGCGCACGUGAGAUAGACUUGUGUCAUCGAAUUGACCGUUGCCGUGGGAUUAUUUAUCGUGUCAACGUUGUCUCCAUCAUCAAGCUGCGGGCGUGCCUCAUGAGGAAUCGGUUUUUUUUUAUUUAGAUAAAAUCCAAGCACUGACGACCCGUGAUCAUUUUCAGUUCCAGUUCCUCUCUGCAGACAUCACGUGGUUAACCGAGACGGUGGGCCAUGGGCCAAUGUAUGAUGGAUGUGCACAGGCACUCACUAAGUAGUCCGACUGACUGAAUAGGAAUACAUCAUCCGGAUUCAGAAGAAAUCCAUUCGAUGUGAGACAGCGACUGUUGGCGAAUCUCAGAGCGGGAUGAACAUUCUAUUGCCGACUGAAACUCAUCGUCAUCAAACAAGACCGACAAGAAUGAUCAGGCCGCACCAUGUCGCGAUUUUCUCACGAGGGCAUUGGCUCGCAACAGAACCGAAGUGAAAGGAACUCACGUGUUUUCAGCUGGAACUUGUCCGCAAGAACUAAGAGGAAAACCCAUAUCGCCAAGUCCUUCUGCACAUGUCAUGACGAGUCAAUACGUCCUCUUAACUUCCCUUCUGUUGAUCUCAACUUGCGUUUGCAACUCGAGUUUGUGUCUGUUUAGAUCACAUCCACUCUGUUUUCACGACCGGCAUUUAUUCAUAAUACUGUACCCCCCCUCAACCAGCUCGCGUGCUCACUCUCUCUGAAUAUUGCACCACCACGCAGCAUGUGUGGCACGCUUUGAAAGGUGUCUACGGGAAUGAUCGGGCAGCUGGUGAGGAUCGAACCAAUCCCCUUUGUUCCGAUUGGCCCAGCAGUGAGCGUGCCCAGCAUUUAGUGAUUCAGCAGCCGUGGCAUUAAAACACAACGUGUGUGUGUGGCCGUGUGCCGUGCCAGCCUUCAUAGGUGCUCGCUAACAGCACUUGCCUGAACAGUCCGUUAAAGGCUACACGGGGUAUAUUUGUCUUUGUGUUUUUGCAUCGAGCGGUGACGUAAUGGUUAUAGCACUCCACUAAGCAGCCAACGAAUUGAGUUUGAUUUCCGGUCACGGCCAACACCAGUGAUUAGUAUCUGAAUCGGUCCUGGGCCUCUCCUGGGUCGACUCAGCCUUCAAUGAGCACCUGGUGCG